AUGUUGCCGUCCAGAGCAGCUCAAUCCACCCUUCGGGCGACAGCCCACCAAUUAUCCUCUACUCGGGUUGCCGUUCGCACUGGUGCCAGAACCUACGCCACGACCACAACGAGCCCAAAGCCGCCUAUCGCCCUCUUUGGCAUCGAUGGCACUUAUGCCAAUGCUCUGUAUAUCGCAUCGGCCAAGACAUCCAACCUAGAACAAACCUCCAAAGCCCUGGCGACUUUGGGAGAGGUGUUAAAAACCGAUGUUAAAUUACCCGGCAUGCUCAGCGCUCCCACCCUCACCGCUGCCGAUAAAUCCCAGAUUAUCCAGGAACUGCAACGAGUUGCCGGUGGCCCAGGGAAGGACAACAUCCUGAAUAACUUCCUCUCUACUUUGGCCGAGAACAACAGGCUUGGUGUCUUGCAGGGUGUCUGUGAAAAGUUUGCUGCUUUGAUGAGCGCCCACAACGGCGAGAUUGAGUUGGUUAUCACUAGUGCUCAGAAACUCGAUACGAAGACCCUUCAGCGCCUCGAGGCGGCUGUUGCCAAGUCUGAAUAUAGCCAAGGAAAGAAGCUCAAGGUUAUCAAUCCUGACAUCGUGGGCGGUCUAGUUGUCGAACUUGGCGAUCGAACAAUCGACCUCAGCGUUUCUUCCAAAAUUGCCAAGCUGAACAAAGUCCUCACUGACACCUUGUAA